AUGUCUGUCUUCCCAUGCCCGACUCAGAGGGGCUUCAGUGCCCGCUCGGCCUGUUCCACUUUCUUAGGGGCCCAGGGCAGGGCCAGUUUCAGCAGCAGGAGCCUCGGCUCCUCCAGGGGCUUCCGAGGAAGCUCUGGUGGGAGGGCCUGGGGGGCUGGGAACAGGCUGGGAAUGAGGUUUGGGCAGGGGAAUGGCGGGCCUGGGCUUUCUCUGUGCCCUCCGGGGGGCAUCCAAGAAGUGACUAUCAACCAGAAUCUGCUGACCCCACUGAAGAUUGGGAUCGACCCUCAGUUCCAGGUGAUAAAGACGCAGGAGACCCAAGAGAUCCGAACCCUCAACAACCAGUUUGCUUCCUUCAUUGACAAGGUGCGCUUCCUGGAGCAGCAGAACAAGGUUCUGGAGACCAAGUGGGAGCUGCUGCAGCAGCUGCAGGGGAGCCACAGCCCACAGAGCCUGGAGCCCCUCUUUGAAGCCUGCCUGGCCCGACUCAGGCAGCAGCUGGAGCAGCUCGAGAGAGAGCGAGGGGCUCUGGACGCCGAGCUGAAGAACUGCCAAGACCAGGAGGAAGAGUACAAGGCCAAGUAUGAGCAGGAGGCCCACACGCAUUUCACAGUGCAGAAUGACUUCAUGAUCCUCAAAAAGGAUGUGGACGAAGCCUUCUUGAGCAAGAUGGAGUUGGAAGGCAAGCUGGAGUCUCUGCAAGAGCACAUCUGCUUCUUGAAGCGUCUGUAUGAAGAAGAGCUGGGCCAGCUGCAAACUCAGGCAGGGGACAUGUCUGUGGUGCUGACCAUGGACAACAAUCGCUGUGUGGACUUCAGUGACAUCAUCGCGGAGGUCCGUGCUCAGUAUGAGGAGAUUACACGGACCAGCAAGAUGGAGGCAGAGGCUGUGUACCAGACCAAGUACCAGGAACUCCAGGCCUCAGCCCAGCUUCACGGGGACAGCAUGAAGGAAGUGAAGCUUCAGAUUUCUCAGCUGCAGCAAGCCAUGCAGAGGUUGCGGAGUCAGAUCGCGAGCCUCCAGGAGCAGAAUGCCAGCCUGCAGUCAGCCGUUGCUGAUGCCGAGCAGCGUGGGGAGAUGGCUCUGAGGGAUGCCCAGGCCAAGCUGGAUGAGCUGGAGAACGCUCUGAGAAUGGCCAAGCAGGACAUGGCCCGACUCCUGUGCGAGUACCAAGAACUGCUGAGCACAAAGCUGGCCCUGGAUGUGGAGAUCGCCACCUACCGCAGGCUGCUGGAGGGCGAGGAGUGCAGGAUGUCUGGGGAGUACACCAGCCAGGUCACUAUCUCCACAGUGGGAGGCAGCAGCAACAUCAUGUCUGGAGGAGUCUGUGGUGGCCAAAUGAACACUUGUGGACUUGGAGGCGGGAAAGGCAGCUUUCGCUCUGGCUGCUCCAGCAUCGUGACUGGCGGCUUUGACACAUCCGGGGGCUCUGGACACAGCCGCCAGGGCGUGGGUUCCUGCUCUGUGUCUGGCUCUGGCUUUAGCUCUGGCUCUGGCUCUGGCUCAGGAUGUCAUACUAUCCUGAAGAAGACUGUGGAAUCAAGUCUGAAGACGUCCAUCACAUACUGA